AUGAGAAGUCGUUUGCUCCAGCAGGUGUGGACGUUGAUCGUCAAAAACCUGCUGAUCACAUUGAUCCGGCCGAGUUUCACAACGGUCUUGCGUGCAUUCGUCUUGCCCGUGGUCUUCGUGGCGAUUAUAUCCUAUGCGCGCAACUUCUUUGUGCCACCUUCUGUCUAUGGAAUCGGAGAGCCUUCCCCGGUCCGGUCACUAAAAGAUGCGCUUUCCGCUGUAGGCGGCGGGAGGAACAAGGUCGUCUUUGUCAACAAUGGCUUUGGAGGUGGUGACAUCCAGAAAGUCAUUGAUCAAGUAGCUGCCCCAGCGCGCCAGUAUGGAGAUCAAGUCGUCACCCUGUCGGCGGAAGAGGAGCUGCAACAGACCUGUCGCACCACACUGAGGGGUACUUCCUCCUGUGUGGCGGCGGCUGUCUUCUAUUCCUCGCCAACAGAGGGACCUGAUGGCAUAUGGAAUUACUCCAUCCGCGCGGACGGCUCACUGGGCACAAAAAUAGACACCAAGAAGAACAGCAACGAUCAGGAAAUCUACUUGCUUCCCCUACAGCAUUCCAUUGACUGGGCAAUCGCACAGAGCAAUGGGUCUAGCAGCGGACAAGGACUCCCUCGGCAGGUCGAUGAAUAUCCCUUUACCUCGCUGUCGCAAAAGGAACGACAGGAUCAGAUCCGGGUCCGUUACAUGAGUGCCAUCAUCGACGUGAUCAGUAUCGCUCUUUUCAUUGGAAUGGUGGGUGUGACCUAUCAGUUGACUGGUUUGGUUGCCAUGGAACGCGAAAUCGGAAUGAGCCAGUUGAUUGACUGUGUCAUUGCGACCUCGUCACAUUGGAAAGCUCAGGCCGUCCGAUUCAUUGCCGCCCAUCUUGCCUUGGACUUGAUCUAUGCUCCGGGAUGGGUCGUAACUGCGAUCAUUUUAAAGUUCGGUGUCUUUGCCAAAACGUCUGUCGGCGUCAUCUUGAUCAAUCACAUUCUCGUUGGUCUUGCGCUGUCGUCCUUUUCGAUCUUUGGCGCAGCUUUUUUCAGAAAGGCGCAGCUAAGCGGCAUCACCAUCGUCCUUGCCAACCUCCUGCUUGGAAUUGUCGCUCAGCUAGGCGGUAUUUCAAGCAAUGGCGCGGUGGUGGUGCUCAGUCUUCUGUUCCCCUCAAUGAACUAUGUAUUUUUCACCAUCGGGAUGGCGAGAUGGGAGAGACAAAGUCUUCCUACCAAUCUUGUCAAGGCUGCACCUGAGAGCUCGUGGACAAUCCCAGGGAUCGCGCUGUGGAUCCUUCUCAUCGUUCAGAUCAUUGCGUAUCCGGUCCUAGGUGCCCUUGUUGAGAGGGCACUCUAUGGCACCACCUCCACCAAGAGGACAACCGGUACUUUGCCGGAAUCUUUGGCCCUCAAGCUGGACGGCUUCUCGAAAGACUACAUCCCUUCAUGGUUCAAUCGCCGUUUCGGCAGCCUCUUUGGAUCAAAGCGGCAGGUUGUUCACGCCGUUUCCAAUUUGACUCUAGACGUGGUCAAAGGUGAGAUCAUGGUCUUGCUGGGUGCAAACGGGUCGGGAAAGUCUACCACACUGGACGCAGUAUCUGGUCUCACUAAAAUCACCUCCGGGUCUAUACAACUCGAUUAUGGCGAAAAUGAGGGCAAGUUCGGCCUCUGUCCUCAGAAGAAUGUUCUUUGGAGCACACUGACCGUGGAAGAGCAUGUCAAGAUAUUCAAUGGGUUGAAGAGUCUUCACGGCCCAGACUCAAGGCAUGAUCUACGCACAUUGAUUGAGGCCUGUGAUCUCAAGAACAAGGUUGAAGCACAGUCAAGGACACUGUCGGGUGGACAGAAACGGAAACUGCAGUUGGCAAUGAUGUUCACAGGUGGCUCUUCUGUUUGUUGCGUUGAUGAAGUGUCAUCUGGGCUGGACCCGAUUUCCCGACGCAAGAUUUGGGAUAUCCUUCUAGCUGAACGUGGGCGGCGAACUAUCAUCUUGACAACUCAUUUUUUGGACGAAGCCGAGUUGCUCGCUGAUCAUAUUGCGAUUCUCUCAAGGGGGUCACUGGAAGCCGACGGGUCAACGGUUGAGCUCAAGACUCGCCUAGGCUCAGGAUACCGGAUCCAUGUGCCGCACGGCCCGUCGUCGACUACGCGCAAUGAACGGCUCCUUGAAGGAGUGCAGGAAGAAUCCCACUUUGACGAGACUGUUUACAUGGUCCAAGAUUCCGCACAAGUUCCCCAUGUCAUUGCUGCACUUGAACACAGAGGGGUCAGUGAUUAUCGCAUCAGUGGGCCAACAAUUGAAGACGUGUUUCUCAAGGUUGCUCGUGAGAUCAUCGAGGAUCUCGCCCAUCCCGUCCAAAAUAUCAUUGCGAAACCAAAGGAAACAGAAAGCGACACGGUCACUCAGGCUGCGCAUGGGGCAGAUGGCCCUCAAAUUUUGAAGGGAAAGCGAAUCAGUAUGCCACGGCAAGCUUGGACUAUGUUCCGCAAGCGUUUGGUCAUCCUACGUCGCAACUUUAUUCCUUACUUGGCUGCGUUUCUCAUACCGAUCAUCGCCAGUGGUCUGGUCACUCUCUUCCUCAAAAAUGCGCCCGAGCCAACAUGUUCUGGGCCCGGACUGUUCAGCUCCCCAGACGUAAACACUUUGAGUUCAGUGGACAAUAUUCUAUUCGUUGCCGGGCCCCGAGAUCGUAUCUCGACCUCGUCGAUUCAGAGCUUUCUCAGGUCAAUCUCUGGAUUCUCUGGCAUUCAAGCAUCGAGUCUGUCAAGUUUAGUGCAUACGGUGGACACUUUCGAUCAGUUCAAUUCAUACAUUAAUGACUAUCGCAAGAACGUCACGCCUGGUGGCUUCUGGCUUGGUGAUGCCUCUUCGAACCCGACUUUUGCCUGGAAAGCAAACAAUGGAUUGUUUCCACUUGCCGCUGCAACUCAGAAUGCCCUGGACAAUUUCUUAAUCAAGACACCAAUCGGAUUUAGAUACCAGGCGUUCGACAUCCCUUGGCAGAAUGGUGUUGGAAAUAUGCUCCAAUUGCUGACCUAUUUUGGUCUCGCCUACUCGGUAUAUCCAGCCAUGUUUGCGUUGUAUCCAACAGUCGAAAGACUCCGGAAUGUGAGGGCUCUCCACUACAGUAAUGGAGUUCGCAAAUUGCCACUUUGGCUAGCGUAUCUUUGCUUCGACUUUUGUGUCGUGCUAGCAGUCAGCGUUCUGACAAUCGUGAUCUUCCGUGCGGCAUCGGACGUUUGGUAUCAUCCAGAGUAUCUCUUCGUCGUCUUCUUCCUCUACGGCAUUUGCUCGACCAUUCUCGCGUACUUGAUAUCGCUCAUCACGAAGUCACAGCUCGCUGCAUUUGCAUUCGUAGCUGGCAUGCAAUGUGUCUUUUUCCUGAUUUACUUUAUCGGGUACAUGGCAGUCUUGACAUAUGCUCCCACCACGGAAAUCGAUUCAUAUCUUUCAAUCGUCCAUUUCACAAUUUCCAUUGUCACUCCUGUGGGCAGUUUGACGCGCGCUAUGUUCCUCUCUCUCAACAUCUUUUCCAUUCUUUGCAGAGAUAGGCAGAUUGUGUCCUAUCCAGGAGAGAUCACGGUUUACGGUGGUCCAAUUCUUUAUCUCAUCGUCCAGUCAAUUGUCCUCUUCGCGCUACUGGUCUACCUCGACGGUGGCAGAAAGAGCCUGAAUAUCUUCAGGUCUCACACCAAGCCUGAAGACGUCGAGGAAAAGACGCAAAUGGACGAGGAUGUUGUGCGGGAACUGGCACGCGUGAAGGAGUCAGACGAUGGGCUUCGCGUCCUGAAUCUGAACAAGUCGUUCAAGAAAUUCGUGGCAGUUGAGAAUAUUAGUUUCGGCGUCAACCGAGGAGAGGUAUUUGCUCUGCUUGGACCCAACGGGGCGGGUAAAACCACAACAAUCAGCCUUAUCCGUGGAGAUAUACAGCCAUCCAAGAAUGGAGGGGAGAUUUUCGUUGAGGACGUCUCGGUCACCAAAUCUCUUGCGGCAGCUCGCUCCCAUCUGGGCGUCUGUCCUCAGUUUGACGCGAUGGACCAGAUGACAGUGAUUGAGCAUCUGAAAUUCUAUGCUCGGAUCCGCGGUGUACCUGAUGUAGACCACAAUGUACGCCAAGUGAUUGAAGCCGUUGGGUUGACGCCCUUCCAAUACCGCAUGGCGACAAAACUAUCUGGUGGAAAUAAGCGCAAGCUCUCUUUGGGCAUCGCUCUCAUGGGGAACCCCGCUGUGCUCCUGCUUGAUGAGCCAUCUUCUGGAAUGGACGCCGCUUCUAAACGUGUCAUGUGGAAGACACUGGCCUCGGUGGCACCAGGCCGUUCCAUUGUUCUGACUACACAUUCUAUGGAAGAAGCCGAUGCCUUGGCCAGCCGUGCUGGUAUCAUGGCCAAGCGUAUGCUGGCUCUUGGGACAACAGACUACCUUCGUGCAAAGCACGGGAAUAUGUACCAUGUGCAUCUUGUGCAUACUCAUGCUCCGCACACGUCCGACGAGGAAAUGGCUCGAAUCCGGGAUUGGGUGCAGAAAACUUUCCCCGGGGCCGUGAUUGAGCAGAAAUUCUACCACGGACAGCUUCGGUUCAGUGUCCCUGCAGUUUCUGCAAGUAAAUCUUGUGGAAGCGUCGACUCUCGAGAAGACGGAAUUGAACCAGGUUCGGCGACAGAUUCUUCGGAGGGUCAUGCCAAUGCCUCACCAGUCUCGCAAGGUAAUGGCCAAAUUGGUGAUCUCUUCCGUCGCUUAGAAGAAGUCAAGCAAGAUCUUGGUAUCAUGUACUACUCGGUCAGUCAGACGACUUUGGACCAGGUGUUUUUGAAGAUUGUCGGAGAUCACCAGGUUGAAGAAGAGAAUUCGCGGAGCUCCACAAAUAGACGAGGGUUCUUGCGGUGGCGCUCAUAG